AUAGAGAAAAUUAUUGGGGACAUCAGAGAACUACUGAAAACAGACUUAAAACAGGCCAAGUGCUCAGUUGGAAUGGCUUUUUGUGUGCAAGAAUUCAGUACUGAAUACUUGGAUUUUGGAGGCUCGCUUGAUGUUCAAAUUAUUGGAAUUUGGGGUAUGGGCGGUAUAGGCAAAACAACACUUGCGAGAGCCAUUUGUAGUGAAUAUCAUCGUUGUUUUAGUGGUCUAUGUUGCCUUGAAGAGGUGAGGAGUAAAAAGAAAAAUAUGGUUGUUCUUGCAGAACAACUUCUUCGAGAUAUUUUGAAACGGCCUGACAUUAAUGUAAGCAGUGUUGUUGAAGGAACCAAAGAGAUAGAAAAAAGACUUGGAAGCAUGAAGGUGCUUGUCAUGGUUGAUGACAUAGAUGAUGCAGACCAAUUAGAUGAAUUGGCUAUAAAACAUGAAUCGUUUGGUCCAGGGAGUAGAAUUAUUAUAACAACAAGAGAUGAACAAGUGUUAAAUAUACAUAAGGUGGAUAAAAGAUAUAAGGCAUAAGAAAUGACUGAUGAAGAAGCUCUUGACCUCCUUAGUUGGCAUGCCUUUGGAAGUCAUUGUCCCGAUAAUGAAUAUAUUGAACUCGCAAGAGAUGUUGUUGAUUAUUGUGGAGGGUUGCCACUGGCUCUUAAAGUUGUAGGUCGUUUGUUGGCUACGAAAAAGAGUAAAAGCAUAUGGGAAAGUACAUUGGAUAAGUUGAGAAACAUUUCAUAUGGAACUAUUCAUGAAACGCUUAAAAUAAGCUAUGAUGGUUUAAGUGACGAUCAUGUGAAGGGUGUGUUCCUUGACAUAUCUUUUUUCUUUAUUGGAUGGCAUAGAGCUACUGUCAUGGCAAUAUUGGAUAGUUGCAGUGGCUUUUCUGUAGAAUCAGAAAUCAACACUCUCGAAGAUCGAUGCUUCUAGAUAUUGAUAGAGGAUUUUUUAGGAUGCAUGAUUUGAUUCGAGACAUGGGAAGGGAAAUUGUGCCGGUAGAAUAUGCUAUGGAACCUGGAAAGCGUAGUCGAUUGUGGCAUCAUGAAGAUGUAACAAGCGUGCUAAGUAAUGACUCUGUAAGUACAUCACAAUCAGAAAUGUUAUGUUGAAUGCAUAUAAAGAGAAGUAUAUGCAAAUCCCACAUCUAAUGCAUUUUAUUUCCUACAUAGUUAUGUUAUAUGAACAAUCCUUUUCUUACUUAACUUGCACUUACAUCUCAAAACAGGGAACGGAAGCAAUUAGAGGACUAACUUUGGAUUUGCCAGAAUAUUCUAACGAGCAUAGCUUCCAUACAGAUGCAUUUAAGAAGAUGUGGCGUCUGAAAUUUCUCCUACCCAAAUAUGUAAAGCUGACUGGAAGCUACAAACAUUUUUCCAAGGAGUUAAGAUUGUUGUCUUGGCAUGGAUUUCCUCUUGAAGCCAUACCCGCAGAUUUUGAUCUACGAAACCUAGUUUAUCUUAACCUGAGCUACAGCAAGAUCGUACGAUUUUGGGAGGAUUCCGACCUGUUACCCAAGAAGUUGAAGUUUCUUAUUCUUAAUCAUUCCCAUAACCUGACUGAAUUACCAGACUUUUCAAAACUCCCACAUCUCCAUCGAUUGAUCCUCAAAGGCUGCAAGGGUUUGUGUGCGGGUUACCAUUCGUUAACACAACUGAAGAUGCUUGCUUAUUUAGAUCUUAGUGACUGCAAUAUAACGGAUGAUGCAGUUCUUGAAAAUCUUGGGGCUCUAUCUUCUCUAACCAUUCUGGUUCUAGAUGGGAAUGGUUUUAAUGGGCUACCCAUCCUCAGUGGCCUUUCUCAGCUUCAGUUGUUACUUUUAAAUCGUUGCAUAAACCUUCAGGCAGUCCCAGAUUUGCCGACAAGUUUGCACACGCUUAGAGCGAAUUACUGCACUGCACUGGAAAUAAUGCCUGACUUUUCAGAGAUGUCGAAAAUGACGGAAUUGCAACUGAAAGACUGCCGCAAACUCAAAGAUAUUCCACACUUGGAUAACUCGUUAGGGUACGUGCAAAACAUUCAUAUGGAAGGGUGCACCAACCUCACUCUUCCUUUUAAGGAGAGCAUCCAAAAGAAAUGGAACGGGGGUGGAUUUGGCGGACUUUUUCUCUCCGGAAAUGAAAUUCCUUACUGGUUAGCCGCUGUCACAACUGAAGAUGAAAUUGUCAAAUAUGAAGUGCCGCAAAGUAUUGAUGGUAAAAUAGGAGCAUUGGUGGUGUGCAUUGUUUAUUCUUCGGACGACUCCCAGUGUGUUGGGUCUCUAUGCAUUGAUGUUGCUAAUCAUACCCAGCGAACUCAGUUUUCCAUCUGUCCAAUGGAUGCCACCGUAAUUGCUUCAGGUGAAGAUUAUCUUUGGCUGGGAAAUCUUUCAAACAAAAAGCUGAAACUGAAAGGCGGCGACACUGUUCUUGUGCAUGCAGAAUUUUUUGGAACAGAGGAUGAUCAUCAUUUCAAGGUAAAGAAAACAGGAGUUGAUAUUGUAGACUUUGAACCUCUUCUAGAAGUGUAUAAGAUUGACUAUAUGCGUGUAGCGUAUGAGAAUGAUGAUACAGGCAGGUCCGUCGAUUGGAAUCAUGCCCACAAGAAUGACGACACUGAUCAUGAGGCAGGGUUAAGCCAUCACUCACCUGAUGAGGACCAACCUUGCAAAAAUGGAGGUUUUGUUUGCCUUGUUUUGGUAAUGCUAACAUAUGGCAGGGUAUUUGGACAUAAGUGACUUUUCAGUUUUGUUAUUGUGCUGUUUUAUUGGCAACGCACAUUUUCUUGAAUACACCCUGCUUAUGGUCUGAUAUGAAAUGACUAUUUAUGUUCGCUAACUGUAGAACAAAACCCUAAUCAGUAAAGCCAUAAACACGUUCAUCCUGA